AUGUGGACAGCCCUGGUACUGUUUUGGAUUUCCUCCGUCUCCUUAUCUCAAAGCCAUAAGGUGUCUGAUGAGCCACUCACUACCAGGAUGUGGCUUAAAGCAGUAAAACAAAGCAUGCCCAGGGACACAGUUCCAAGCACUGAUACUGUAUCUACAGAACGAACAGAAGUGCCACCUGCUCCUGUCACACUGGCCACAGGAGCCCAGACAGCCAGCCUGAACUCUACCAAAGUGACAGCAGUGGUGACAACACAUUUGACAAACAUGAGCACUCCAAUAACCAGAGAGGGUACGACAGAUAGCACAACCACCAGAACUCUUGUGCCACCUACGUCAUCAGGCCCCUCAUCUGCGAGGCAGACUCAGCCCAACACCACUGCUGGGCUUCUGUUUCUCAGCACACCACGUGCAGAAGUGCCAAGUACAAAUGCCAGCACAUCACCAAGAACAGCCACAGUGACAACCAUGGUCCCACAUACCAGGACAGUUGCUGCAGGCACCAUAAACACAAGUGGACCUCCCACAAGGACGCUGAGUCCUGCCAAAAGUACACCCACUAACACAUUUACCAUUAGCCCUAUACUCACCUCAGGUGUCCAAUCUCAAGGUACCACCAUCCAGGUGGCACCAGAACAGCCAGUGCAUAGCACAAUGGGUAGAUCACCACCUAGUCCCUCAGACACCACCCUAGAGACCACCACCACCACCCGUUCUGUGGCUUCAGUAUCUCCUACAGUAGUGACCACCACCCAGGUACAAACCAGGAAGCCUCCUACCAGCCCCAGCCCUGAACUGGAAGCCACAUCCCUCACAACACAGCCAAGCCCUGAAUUACCUACUCAGCAGACAGGUAGGCCAGGUGGGCCAGGCACACCUCUGACAAUAGAGCAGGUGGAGACCAAAGCUGCAGUCAGUACUGCCUCCACUGGGCCAAAACCCAGCUCAGGGGACCUUAAGGUGACAACCACAGAUGCGUGCCUGUUCAGCAGCCAAGGCCACACCACUGAGCCCCUAACCCCAUCCUUAGUGAACAAAAUGUUACCUCUGAUGGUGCUUGUUCUUUGGAUGACCCUCUUCAUCGCAGUCCUGGUGAUGUUUGCCCUGCAAGCCUAUGAGAGCUACAAGAAGAAGAACUACACACAAGUAGACUACCUGAUCAACGGCAUGUGCGCCGACUCGGAGGUGUGA